AUGGAAGAUCAUCAAGGCCAUGGAGGAGGCAAAGAGGCCAAAGAGCCAAACAGUCCAAACAGUAAUGGUUGCUCAGAGAGAAGUGAACCAAUUAGGUCAAGGUGGAUACCGAAACCAGAGCAAAUCCUGAUUCUGGAGUCUAUUUUCAACAGUGGAAUGGUAAAUCCACCGAAAGAAGAGACUGUUAGGAUAAGAAAGCUGCUAGAGAAAUUUGGGUCUGUUGGGGAUGCAAACGUCUUCUACUGGUUUCAAAACCGACGGUCAAGAUCCCGUCGCCGACAACGGCAAUUGCAAGCCAGCCUUGACCAGAAGAACCAAGCAGCAGCUGACCAACAAGUUGGUGGUGCAUUUCUGUAUGGAAGCUCUAGUGCUACUAGUUUCACUGCUCUACAGCCACCAUCACAAGAAGUCAUGGCUUUUGGAGCAUCUACUCCUCCGACUUUUGUUUCUAAUUAUGAUCUUGUGGGAGAUUCUUCUUCGUCUUCUUGUGCUUCUAUGGCACCAGAUGAUCAUUUCUUUUCAGUUUCCGGUCAAAUGGGUUUUCCAGAAAUCGAGCACACAUCCUCUGGUGUAACGUCUGUGUUAGGUCCUUCAGAUGCCUCAACUUUGCACUUCCAAUCUGGGCUAGGUGUGAACCUGAUGAUGACCGUGUUUAUUAAUGGGGUUCCAACAGAAGUUCCAAGAGGGCCACUCGACAUGAAAGCCAUGUUUGGCACUCAAGAUGUGUUAAUGGUUCAUUCCUCAGGAGUUCCACUCCCAAUCAAUGAGUUUGGUUUCUUAGCCCACAGCUUGCAGCCUGGUGAAAGCUAUUUCCUGGUUUCCAGACCAACUUAAGCUACAAAGCUGAUGCACCUGCCAAUUAUAUUAUUGAGGGCUCCUACAUCAAUCUAGCUUCUUCUUCCUCGAUCUUCAUCAUCCCUCUUUUUCCCCUACAGCAGAAUGUGAUU